UGGAUAAAGGAAGGAAACACAAAAUCACACAGACAGAAAUGGGGAAGCAGUGUGUCCAAAACUCAACCCUAAUGCACUGCCGUGCACACAGUCCUCACACAGAUUUCAAGAUGCUGUUUUUACUUGCACUGCUGGUGCUGACAGGAUGUGCCGCAAGUCCUCAAGAUCUGUCAGGUAAAAUGUUCACCUUCCCACAAGAAACCAACACGGCUUGUGUGAAGCUGAAUACAUCACAACAGACUUUCAGUGCUGUAACCGUCUGUCACAGGUCCUUUACAGACCUCAAAAGAGACCAUGUCCUUUUCUCUUUGGCCACACCCGCCUCUGCCAAUGACUACCUGAUUUUUUGGGAUGAAACAAAUAAGGAGAUGGAGCCGCAUAUCAAGGAUAGAAAGACAGAAUAUGGAAGACAGGACUACAAGCCGAACACAUGGCACUCUAUUUGCUCGACAUGGGACUCUGAUUCUGGACUGGUGCAGCUGUGGAUUGAUGGACAGCCUUCGAUUAGGAAAUUCAUCAGCUCUGGAUCCAGCAUCAGAGGAUCUACUAUAAUUAUUCUAGGACAGGAGCAGGAUUCCCAUGGUGGGGGCUUUAACGUUAAGCAGUCUUUCGUUGGCAUGAUGUCUGAUGUCCACAUGUGGGACUACGUCCUUUCCCCCUGUGAGAUCCAUAACUACGUUGAUGAACACAACUUCACUCCAGGGAAUGUGCUCAAUUGGAGUGCACUGAACCUCCAGAUUAUAGGCAGAGUACUGCUAGAGGAGAAAGUGAUGACAUGUCACUGAAUGUAGAAUGUAGAAUAGAAAGUAUAAAUGACCGAUGUCAGAAGUCUAUGUUACAUGAUUAUUUAGUAAGGGAGAGGUUCUGAUUUUUUCAACUCUAUCAUAAUACAAUAAUCACAUGAAAGUAUGUUAUGCUUUUCAAUAAAUACGUUCCAGGAAGGUGUCACCUCACAGCCAGUAUUGAGGGAAGGAAGGAUUAUGUUUACUGUCUCAGCAUACAUGUAAAUUCGAACGUCUCAAGUGAAAAGGGUGUUGUAAAAGCAGAUUAAAAACUGAAUUUAUUUUGUCGCUGAACACAAAAAUGUUCAGCCACAGGAAGGCACUCAGAAUGGCAGACUGGCAACAGCACAAAAAAAGUGAAAAGUUAUAAUUAGCUGACUCGCUUGUAUCAACACUAUUAAGAAAAUCCUUUAGUUUAAUGCAAAGAUUUUUUUUCUUUAAGUGAUUAUCUUAGAUGACUUAUGACUGGCUGGAUUGUAGCUUUAAAAUAAAAACGAGACAGCUAUGACGUAGUUAGCUAUCGUAUCAUUUCCUGAUCUGUUUUCAUUUCUUGGUCAAUAAAUAAAAAUCUUAAUUGGCCAAGAGAAAAAUAAAAACAAUGAAUCAAAUGACAUGUGACGUGGAACGACUCACUGGUUGUGAUUGUCCCUCAACAGAUUUUCCAUCUGUAUGUCUACUAAGAUAUUUAUCCUGACUAACACAUAGUCUUGGUUUUGUCCAUGUAUGGUUCAGUCUUACCGCCCAGAUGCUUUCUGCAGACUAAAAGUAAAAGGUUGUAAUGUUGCCCCAUGACUCCUCGAUGUGUAAGUAGAUUCUUUGGGGGUUUUUUUAUUUUAUUUUAUUUCUUUUACAUGUUAGCCAUAACAACUUUAUACUGUGGAUCAUUCUACUUAUUUUGAAUGUCCGCUGACCCCUACUGGCCAAAUAUUGAUAAAUGCAUCUUUAACUUAGUUUUGAUAUACACAUGAACUCAUCUGAUCUUGGCCUGGUAUUCUUGAAAUAAACAUCAUCAACUUCAUUGAA